UUUUAAAAUUUCCGAAAAUGUGACUCGCUACAGUAACAUGCUACAAAAAUGUGCUACUGUGACAAUUCUACAGUGACGAAAGUCACAGUUACUUGUAUAAUUAAUUAUAUCACUCAGUUACAUGCCAAAAGUGAUCAUAGUGACUAACAUUAUAAUUACAUUAUUUACAAUUAUAUUAGUGCCAAUUACAUUUUUUCACUAAUUACAUUUCUCUGGUUAUAGUUACAUGUCGUUCAGUGAUUAACGCCCGCUAGUCGUGAAAUUUCCGCCAUCCGUCCCAUUGCCGCCCCAUCAUGUUUGGUGAUUGACGCCGCCAAACUCUUGCCACACUCUUCCGUCACUGCCACCACCGCCCGCAACCACCGCCACAGUAACACCCGCUACAAUGACCACCGGCCACCACUGUUGGCCGCCAUAGUUACACCGUCUACUGUGAUGCCGCCGCAUUGACAUCUUCGCAGUGACAUUUCCGCAUUGACACACAAUAAUUACUCCGGCCAGUGUUAUUCCGGCCACCACUCCCAACCACCGCCGGCCACCGCCACUGCCGCCGACCACCCCGACACGGCUACCUAGCCCCAGCACAGCCCCCUCCCACCUCUAAGCCACCUUCCCAGCCCCCUCCCCAGCCCCCUCUCACUAUCACCCAACCUGGUCCCGCUCCGCCGCCGACCAACUCCGACCCUUCAGCCGCCACAUGUUACCGCUCACCAAAUACCCCAACCAACCUCGAUCCACUCCUCCCAGCCCAAGUCCACCACAGUCCGAUCAGAUCUGGCAAUCUGCAACCCAGCUAAAUUAGUCGGCGCCUCGGGCGGCGUCUGCCCAGCCUCGACUUGGAAACCCUACAGCGGACCACCUUCGCCGUCUGACUUCAUCUCAUAUAUGAAAUUGAGCCUCCGCAGCCUUGAAUCGGAAAUAGAGGAUGUCGUGAGCAACCUAGAGCAAGGAGAAGAACUGUACGUCGAUGUUGAAGUCGCCGUUAAUGGCUCACCACCAUCGUUGGAGCUCGGUGCGGCGCGGACUCUGUCAUCCCAGGUGCGAUGCAGCGUCUCUGAAGAGUUCCGUCGCCAUCUCGAUGUAGAUUUCAUCCCCAUCUCACCGCCAUCUUCGGAUCUACGUGCAUACAGAAGUUGGGAACGGUGGAGAAGAGUCCCAGUGGAGAAGAGAGAAACGGAUCUGGAUGGGGGAAGAGAAGAAACGUAGAUCUGGAUGGGCCGGAUAAGUCAUAUUUGUGGAAAAAGGGAAAAGUAG